CUCACCACAGGAACGACCGCAUACGAAGUACAGCACCAACACUGUACGCGGCAUGCCUCUAUCCACCUCAUCUCCGAGGCUGUCGUCUUUCCGAAAGCAGCAUCUGCUCAUCGAGUUCUCCACCCUGCAACAUGCACAGCUCGAUGGUGUUUUCGUGAGCAUUACACCCGGUGAUCCGUCACUAUGGGUGGGCGUCAUAUUCGUGCGAAAAGGUCCAUAUGCCCCUGCAGUCCUACGAUUCCAGGCUUCAUUUCCAUCUAGCUAUCCGGCUCUGCCACCUCUGGUGACCUUUUCUACCGAUGUCUUCCACCCUCUGCUCACGCCACUCACAACAUACACCCAGACAACUGCAUCUUCGGACACGGACACCGUCAGCGCAACCGACGAUGAACGGCUACCACCAGGUGGCUUUAGUCUUCGUCAUGGCUUCCCGCACUGGUUUGGUCGUGCACGACGAUCGACAGUGAGUUCACGAGAUGUGAGUGGAUCCGCAGUCGAUAGUCCCGCUCGAAGUGUUAGGCCUGUACGCUCGGUAGCGGACACUGCAACCUCAGGCGGCUCCGGACCACAGCCCCCGGCGACUGGUAUUUCCAUCGUGACCAUUCUCGAGUAUGUCCGGUCGUCAUUCAGCGAGGAGGCAGUCCUGGAUUCAGUCACGUUAGACGCUGCAGCAAACCCAAGCGCAUACCACGCAUGGCGGGCUUAUCGUGGCCCAGCAUUGCCAGCGCAGCAGCUACUUAGUCCCGGUUCCGCGGUAUUAGGUGAGGGCUCAGCGCUCGGAAGGAAUCGACGUCCUGGAGAGUGGAACUGGGACGGUGUAUGGGAGGACCGUAUGAAGAGAGCGGUCAACGCUAGCUUAUCUGAAUCCGUUCUAUACGGGCCGGGAGCCGGCGAUGAUAUUAUACGUUUCCAGCAGGGAGACAGUGAGACUACCGCAAAGAUAAAGCAGUACCUGGACAUCGCUACUGCAAGAGCGGCAAAGGUCUGAUCUGACGGAGCUGGCCUGUUUGAUGAUGUCUCCUGGGCGACUUCAAGGUGAUACGCGGCCAUGCUUUGCGGUGGCAAGGACGAUUCGGGCUCGUCAACAAACAGUUGAAGUCGCGACUUCCUUUGGCCUAGUGCUGAAUUAGCUUCACGGAGGCUUUGUUGCAUCUCCCACAUACACCAUCAGCAUCAAUAGCAGAUAGCGUGCUCUAUGCAUGCAAACAUUCAG